UAAGUCUGUGAAUGAAUCUCACGUGUGGAGAAGCUGUAUCGGUCAUUGCUGUCGUGGGGAUUUGUUUGUUCUGGUUGAAACAUCAGACCGUCAGCUUACCUCCCAGUCUGAUGAGGCCAUUACCUUUGCUUGGUCAUUUGUUGCAUGUGAACACAGAUUUUAGAGUGGACAUUCCAAAAUGGCGGAUGAAGUGUGGUGAUAUAUUCAGUGUUAAACUUGGUGCCCAAUUGUUUGUAGUACUGAACGGAUAUGACGUCAUUAAGGAAGCACUGGUGAAGAAAGCAGACGACUUCUCAGAGAGACCAAGAAUGCAUAUGGACGAGAUAAUGAUUGCACAAGGCAAAGGUGUCCAGAUAAACUCUGGUUCAGUAUGGAAAGAAAAACGAGCUGUCAUAAUUACAAUACUAAAAAAGUUUGGCAUGGGUAAAAAACUGUUAGCUUCUAGAGUACAGGAUGAGGUCAAGUAUUAUUUGGACCACCUUUGCGGCUUUGACGGACAUCCAGUGGACAUCAGAAGAAUAACCACUUUAAGCACGGCUAAUAUCAUAUGUCACAUACUUACUGGACAAAGAUACGCGUAUCACGACGAGACAUUAUGUAAGUUGGUUGACGAGAUGGAUCAGUUUACAAAUUCCAACCAACAGGCGGCUGUCACCAUCUUCUUCCCGUUUCUCAAAUAUCUGCGCCGUGACACCGCCUUGCGCAGGAGCGUCUUGGAGAUACAGAGGCGGCUUCAGUCUUUCAUCGAGUCCAGCAAAGGCGAAGAUCCCGAGGACAACUUCAUCGCCAGCUACCAGGCUGAACGAGAGGACAAACUUCGCCGUGGUGAAGCGACAACAAUGAAUGAAUUCAACUUGCUGAAGACGGUCUUUGAUCUGUUUCUUGGUGGCACGGAGACCACCUCGACCACAAUAACGUGGUUUGCACUCUUCAUGCUUAACUACCCGGAUGUUCAGGAGAAGAUUUUUGAGGAAAUAAAUAAAUGCGUUGGGACAGAGAGGCCGCCAACUCUAGAAGACAGGCCAAAAAUCGUGUACUUGAAUGCAGCGAUCAAGGAAACUCUAAGACGCGCUAGCAUACUGCCACAGUCUGUAGCAAGACUUUGUCCUAACGAAGUCGUCCUCAGAGGCUACACAAUUCCGAAAGGAACAAUCAUUGUUCCCAACCUUGACUCUGUUCUCUUUGAUGACACCAUCUGGGGCCCGGAUCCUUGGAGUUUCCGACCUGAAAGGUUUAUUGAUGAGAAAGGGGAGAUAAAAAAUCCCGAAGAGUUGAUUCCCUUUGGUAUCGGGCGUCGGGCUUGCCCUGGCGAGUCACUUGCUCAGACAGAGUUAUUUCUGUAUCUAAGUUCCUUAAUCCAAAGAUAUCAUCUGCUUCCAGUCAUGCCAGGCUUUCCUCCAUCUUUAAACUAUAAGUGCGGUCUUACGAUGACACCUGAAUAUUUCCAGAUAAAACUAAUGGAGCGGAAGAAAUAAAAUAUAAUUAUUUAUUUUAUUUUUACAUUUCUAUUGAAAUCGUUGUAAAGUCACAGUGGACGAGAGUAUUUAUUAAAAGUGCGGAGUACAAUGAUGUAAUAAUGAAGUGAGCAUGUACACAACGAUAUUAGAUCUUGGGCUCGAUACAGCCUUUAGAUCUAUCUGCAUGGUAAACGGUCUCCUCACAUGUCCGUAGUACUGCCACCUCUGAUGUUAAAACUGUACUUCUUGUUAUUUCAGUAACGACUGGAACGAUUGUCACUCACUGUUCAACUUGAGCUUCGCAAUUCAUUCUUUCCAAGGGGCGGACUGGCUAUAUGGGCAUCCGGGCAAAUGCCCGGUGGACCGGUACCCUAAUGGGCUGGUAGGGAAACGAAUUAGUCGCAUGGAUGCCACUAUGGCACGCAUCUAAUUGUUAAAGUUUUUUUAAAAACCUUAUAAAAGGGCCUUCUGAGCGUUGUUUUUUUUUUAAAUCUUUCACAGACUCUACAGUGUAAUACUAUUUUAAUCUAACACAUUUCCCGAAAUAUUGUGAUAGCCUACAUCCGUAGACAGUGCUACUAGUAGGCUUCAUCCUUUUAGGGCCUACACAUUUAGCGACUAAAAAGCAACAUAAUGCCUAUAUUUCUAUAAUGAUUUAUAGCUCACUGUAUGCAUGCGUAUCGAUACAUUAUCAAACUUAACAUAAUGACUUUGAGGACAAGUAGACCUAGACGUCCAUCAUAUGAUAUACAAGUUAUGGGGCAGGAUUGUAUAGAAAUGCCUUGGCCGAUUUCGACACCCAGUCCGCCCCUUUUCUUUCCUUACGAACGACUUUCCAACACACUGUGACUCGACAUUAACUUCUCAACUACUAAACUCCUUAGCGGAAGUACUUCUGAUCCGAAUAGUUACCCUUAUAAUGCAGGACAAAGGGGCGUCUCUCU